CGACCGAUUUGAUUGGUUAAAAUCAACACACCCUUCACUCAAGGUUGUGUGGCAAUUGUUGACUUCAACAAUUUUGAGAAAUACAACGUGUUACUUAAGCUGUAAGGACACUAAAUACUGGAGACGAUGAUGAACCGGGUGUCUUCCUCAUUGGUGCAAGCCGCACAGAAAAUCAGCUCUCAGGAUGUCUUGAGAAAACCGCUGUAUUUGGCAGGUGCCAAGUUCGACACUUCGAAAAGAUGCAUGUCAUCGAAACACGACAAAGACGAGCUUGGAUUUUCUCAAACGGUCGACUAUUUUUUUGAUAAGGCAGCUAAUCUCCUUAUGAACAAGCUUGUUGACGAUUUGCCAGGCAAACAUAGCCCUGAAGUCAAGAAACAAAAGGUGAAAAAUAUUUUAAACUGUAUCAAACCUGUGAAUCAUAUCAUCAAAUUUUCAUUUCCAAUCAAACGCGACAACGGAGAUGUUGAAAUUAUUGAAGCCUGGCGAGCUCAGCACAGCCAGCAUCGAACACCAUGCAAAGGAGGUAUCCGGUACAGCCUGGAUGUGAAUGAUGACGAGGUGAAGGCUCUGUCCCAGCUGAUGACCUACAAAUGUGCGGUUGUGGAUGUGCCCUUUGGAGGGGCCAAGGCUGGUGUGAAGAUUGACCCCAAGCAGUACUCCGAGACCGAGCUGGAGAAGAUCACGCGCAGGCUCACCGUGGAGCUGUCAAAGAAGGGAUUUAUUGGGCCUGGUAUUGAUGUACCUGCUCCAGACAUGGGCACUGGAGAGCGUGAGAUGAGCUGGAUUGCAGACACAUAUGCCAACACUCUUGGUCACUAUGACAUCAAUGCUCGUGCCUGUGUCACUGGAAAGCCCAUAACACAAGGAGGUAUUCACGGUAGAACAUCAGCCACUGGCAGAGGCUUGUUCCAUGGUAUCCAGAACUUCAUCAUGGAGGCCUCCUACAUGUCCAUGGUGGGCCUGACCCCUGGCUUCACUGACAAGACUGUAAUCAUCCAGGGCUUUGGCAACGUAGGCUUGCACUCAAUGCGCUACUUGCACCGUGCAGGCUGCAAGGUGGUAGGCAUACUAGAGUGGAACGGCUCCAUCUACAACCCGGACGGCAUCAACCCACGAGAUCUGGAGGACUAUAAGAUUGAGCAUGGCACCAUUAUUGGCUACCCACAUGCCAAGCCGUAUGAAGGCAACCUGCUGACAGAGAAGUGCGACAUUCUCGUGCCAGCCGCCAGCGAGAAGCAGCUCACCAAACACAACGCCCGUGACAUCAAGGCAAAGAUUAUUGCAGAAGGCGCUAACGGCCCUACCACCAUUGAGGCUGACAAGAUCUUCCUUGAAAACAAUGUGCUGGUCAUCCCUGAUCUGUACCUGAAUGCUGGUGGUGUCACUGUGUCCUACUUUGAAUGGCUGAAGAACCUGAAUCAUGUCAGCUAUGGACGCCUGACCUUCAAAUAUGAGAAGGACUCCAACCGCUACCUCCUUGACAGUGUACAGAAGUCCUUGGAGAGAAAGUUUGGCAAGAAUGGAGGCGCCAUUCCCAUCGUACCGUCUGAGGAUUUCGAGCAGAGGAUCUCUGGUGCCUCUGAGAAGGACAUUGUCCACUCUGGUCUUGAGUACACCAUGGAGCGGUCAGCGAGGAACAUCAUGAAAUCUGCCAUGAAGUACAAUCUUGGCCUGGACCUUCGUACGUCCGCGUACAUCACCGCCAUUGAAAAGAUCUUCCGUGUGUACAACGAUGCAGGUCUUACCUUCGGUUAAAUGGAGAUGACCAAUCAACAGCCACUAUCAACCAAUCUUACUAUGCUGCAAAAAACUAUGCACAUUGGUUUGCUUCACGGAUAGGUGUUUUUGUUUACUCUUUAUUUUCCAUUAAUAUAACCAACUUGUAAUCCCAUUAUAGUGUAGCUUGGUAAAAUAUUAUAAAAAACGCAUUUAUUAUUCUGCUACAAAAAUAGGAUACAUUUGAGGUGGUUUUGAAAUUAGAACAAAUGGAUCAUUAUGAGUGUGUGUAUGAGUGUAUUUGAAAAAAUGUGAAACUAUGACAUUUUUCAUUCAAAUGAACUUUACAUUUCGAUGUGAAUUGGAGAUUUUAAAAUGACAUACAUGUACCUAAAAAUAUGGGUUUGUAAUAUGUGCUUUCUUCUGCUGUGCUGUGUGAUAUGUUGGUUAAGUUUCAUAUAUACCUCUGAAAUGUUAUUUGUGUCUGACUGUGUUUAUUUUGCCUCAAAUACAUAUUCCAUGUACAUGUGUAUUACGUAAAUGUGUCUGUUCUUGAAAACAUGCUUGGUUUUGCCUUCGUAUAAUCGGAUUGAAAUGUAUUUUGUGGUGAGUGUGAUCGAAAAAAAUCUGCGGAAGUAUUUCAUAUCAGAUACUCUCAAAUGUUAACAAGGUAUUAGAUAAAGAUUUCAACUUUAUUUAGUAAAGUUUAGCUUUUGAUUCUUCUGUAGUAAGAGUUAGGUACCCAUUAAUAAAUAUAUGUAUUGCACACACAUUUAAUUUUGUACUAUACAUAUUUCUGAAUCCUAGUAUUUUGUAUAUGUUUGUUAAUGAUUAUCCUAGUAUUUUGUAUGAUUGUGUAUGUUCACUAUAUGUAGAACAAUGGUCAUUGCUUGUAUACAUACAAUUUUAAUGCCAAUUAGGUAGGCAUAAAGUAAUCUCAUCAAUUAUCCAGUCCCUCCUACUUUUUUUUUAAAGCAUAGCUUAGGAAGUGUUGAUGGGGUUUAAAGUAAACUUAGUGUACUGUUAGAGGGGGAGGUGCAGAGAACGAGAACCACAACUCUUUUCGGGAUUUACAAACAUGUAUUUAAAGUUGAUAUUCUUGGCAUAGCAUAUUUCCUAGUGCAGCAUCCUGUCCCAAGAUCUUAUCCUUCCCCCUCACCAUUCCCUUUUUUUAAUCUGAUCACAUUAUUAUAUAGGACAUUGAAUUUGAAGUAACUAUUUGAUUAAUAAUUCUUUCCAGUGUUUUAGGAGUUAUUGCCCUUUGUACGUUUUUUUUUGCACAGCCCAAUUAAAGUGUAGUUUUUUAUGUGUAGAUUGUAACUCAGAAAAUAUUAAAGGAAUUCAAAUUAAAUAGAUAUAAUUAUAAAAAGACCUCAAGGGGAAGUUUGCAGUACAAGAAAAAGGACUCUUUCUUUGAUAUUUAUGUAGUUAUUGACCUGUGUGAUUCGUCUUGUUGAGGCAUAACUAUAAUUUUAAAAUAGAUCAUCAUGAAAAUACAUUUAUCAAUUGAAGCCAUGAGAUUUGUUUUAAUAAAACAAAUAGAACAUGUCUCUUUUCUCCAAAUUUGAAGGUUAAGAUCAGACUAUUGUGUAAGGGGGAAUUAGGCUUAUAAAUGAGAGCAAUUCUUUUGGCCUGUAUUUCGUCUUUUUUUUAUGGUUUUAAUGUUAUUGUUGAUGAUUAUUGAUGAUGAUGCUGAUCUAUCACCGUUUUGAGCUAAAAUUAAAUCAUGUAAUAAACAUUUCAUUUCCAAA